AUGGCCGAAAAAAGAUGGGGAGCACUGAGGCAUUUGAGAUCUCAGGUUACUACAAUUACUAUAAUUCUAUUGAGGUUCACCAGAAUAACUUUGCGGUUAUCAAUGCAAUUGGAGAUAAUGUCACGCUCGUAUUCUUUGGAUAUCUCAUUCGCUACUUAUUCACGUUCAGAGAAAACUACUUUGGGGACUUCAAGCACUUCAAGACAUUUGAAGAAUACUCAAGCACUUUGCAUCAUGGAAAUAACCCAGACAGAUCAGAUGAUGAUUCUUCCGCGGAUACAGAAUUCGAGACUACUCCGGAUUACUGGAAAAUGCUCAAAACAGAGAACGAUCUCAAUGUUUUGUUCACUUUUCUGGUGCGGGGAGGCCUCAUCAUAUUGCCCUGCAAUAUCUACGACCACCAACGUCAUAUCGGUCUUGAAUUCAGUAGUUUGGAUGUGGAUAUCCACUUGA